UCCUCACCCUAUUACUGGAGUAUCUUUCUUUUCUCCGUCCUCUCUCCCGUACCCGGCAGGGACAGCCGGCCGGCGAGCUCCCCCCUCCGCGCUCCCCCUUGCGGUGGCCCAGGACGGGCUCCUCCUCCCGCCGCCUGCGCCGAUCUCCCGCGAGCAGGGGCGCUGUAGUCCCUCAUCCUCACCGGGGUGAAGAUGUCGACUCCCGCAAGGAAGAGGCUGAUGAGGGAUUUCAAACGACUGAUGCAGGAUCCUCCAGCAGGUAUAAGUGGGGCCCCACAGGACAACAAUAUACUGCUAUGGAAUGCUGUAAUUUUUGGCCCUGAUGAUACUCCUUGGGAUGGAGGUACGUUCAAGUUGACACUUCAGUUUACUGAAGAUUAUCCUAACAAGCCACCUACAGUGCGAUUUGUUUCCCGGAUGUUUCAUCCUAACAUUUAUGCUGAUGGGAGCAUAUGCUUAGAUAUACUACAAAACCAGUGGAGCCCGAUAUAUGAUGUAGCUGCUAUACUCACAUCCAUCCAGUCGCUGCUUUGUGAUCCGAACCCAAAUUCACCUGCCAACUCUGAAGCUGCCCGCCUAUUCAGUGAGAAUAAGCGGGAAUACAACCGUAAAGUUCGUGAGAUAGUGGAGCAGAGCUGGACCGCGGACUGAUCUAACCACACCUGUUACUUGAAACGCCCAUCCUCUGUGUGCCGUAUACCAGAUUGCUUGUAAAAAAAAGGCUAAAAAUGCUUACUGUUAUGUAUUAUGCCCUUCCCGGAUACGGGCAAGGCUUUGGACCAAGUUGGGACCAUAUGGACUUGGUACUAACAUACUUCUAUUGUUUCCAAGCUAAGUGCUAAAUUAAUUACUGUGCUAUAUAUUGAGUA